CACACACAGACACACACAGACAGACACAGACACAGCAUGUGGUCAAAGAUUGCCAUUAGUGGAGCUCUGCUCGUGAUGGGUGGCGCUCUGGCCGCCAGCGUUGUGGAUAACUUCGCCUAUGUGGAUCGCUCCCUGGAGGUGGCCAUGCCAAAGGCCAAGCGUCAUGCGGCGCAGGAGUAGCACGAACGGCGGAAUGGAAUGGAAUGGAACGGCACAGAACGGAACGUUGGAGUGUGGGUUAGUGUACCAGAACCACUCAUAAGUGCCGCUUACAUAAAUACAUAAAUACAUAAAUACAUACAUAAAUAUGUAUGUAUCCAUAUGUACAUGUAUAUGUAUAUGUAUGUAGGAGUGCCGGCACUCCUCUGCUGCCGUCUACCAGUGGCCCCAACGAACAACACCCCACACAGAGGUUGAUCCCCCUCCACCAUAGAAUUAGGUUUAUUUUUUUUUUGUAUCAUUAAUUUCGAUGUUAAGCGACAAUUAAAUUCCAACCAA